AUGUGCAAAAUAAAAGGAGGAAUUGCCUUGAUUGGGUGCCUCUUGCUGAUGGGUGCUCAGCGCACAGUCGCUCAAUGGUCGGAUAUUUGCGACGAUCAAGCGGACGGAACGCGUUUGCCUGUGGCCCUGGACUGUGCACGAUUUUUGGUGUGCCAGGAGCGUGAGGUGGCCGAAAUUCGCCGUUGUCCACGUGGCCUACAUUUCAAUGCGCAGCUGGGCGAGUGCGACUUCCAGUGGCGGGCCGACUGCAGGGGUCUUUCGUUAUUUGGCAAGGUUGCCGGCGAAGAGGAAUGCGUGUGCACAUGCUGUGCCGAGGAAUGUCCAGACGACGAGCUGGAUCAACCGACCACGCCUUGCCCUGAGGGCACCCCCAGUGAGGGCACCACCAAGCAAACCACCCCCAGUGAUGGCACCACCAAGCAGAGCACCACCAGUGAGGGCACUACCGGGGAGAGUACCUUCGACCCGGAUCCGACAGAAGCUCCCGGCAGCUCAACCGAUCCCCCAACUGGUGGCGCGUUGCCCGCCUACUGCGUCGACAAGCGUCCGGAUUGCGUCAGCCAGCCGGACGGAGUCAUGCUCGAGUUACCAGGCGUCUGCACGAAGUUUAUUCAAUGCAGUCACGGCUGCGUCACGGAGCAAAUCUGUCCCAGUGGCUUGUACUUCGAUCCCAGUCAGUAUGCGUGCAAUCAUCCCUGGAACGUGGACUGCACCCCAACGGACACCGAUGAUGUGGACGGCGAGCUGGCUGGUCCCUCGGGCACCAGCUGUAGCGAUCAGGGCGUUUGCGCUGGACAACGGGACGGCAAAAUGUUCGCCAAUCCCGAUACCAAUGGCUACUUUGUGUGCCAAUGCCAGUGUCCAGUUGCCAUGCCCUGCGAUGCGAACACCAAGUUCAACGAGACGGCACAGGUGUGCGAUUGGGACCUCACAUCCGGUACAAUCGGCGGCAGCAGCAGUGUGAUUUGUCCCAAUGGCCUGGUCUACAAUGCUACCUCGGAUCAGUGCGACUAUCCCGACGGCUAUGUGCCGGAAGUCGUAUGCGAAAACACCAGCACCGUUUGCCAGGGCCAGCCGGAGGGCACGCUCUUUCCCAUAGAGGGCAUUUGCAAUAAGUUCUACAAGUGCAAUUUCAACUGUGCCGUGGAGAAGACAUGUCCCAACAAUCUGCUCUACGACUCGGAGACCGAAAUCUGUGAUUAUCCACAGAAUGUGGACUGUCCCUGGGAGCACACCCCACCCUCUGGUCCGAAUGCCGGUCCCUCCGGCAUAUCCUGUGAGAGCAACGGUCGCUGUCUGGGACAACGCGAGGGCAUACUGUUUCCAUCCCUGACCAGCUGCAGUGGCUAUGUGGUCUGCCAGUGCGAGUGUGAGGUUCCAAUGGAAUGCGGACAGGGCUUAUACUGGGAUCAAAAACUGUCCACUUGCAACUAUGCGGAUAAGGUUGACUGUUCUCUUUAG